AUGGCAAAAAUUCUUUCUGCAGUCUCCAAGCUGAGGGGAUGCGUUAACCAGAUUGAAAAUAAAAAUCCAAGUGGUGCUUCCGACCAAGAUAUUUUAAACCAAGCAAAGAUGUUGUUAAGACAAGAUGUCAAAUACAAGACAGGAUUCAAAUUUGAUCAUGUAUGGCCUAUUCUCAAAGGUAUUGAGAAAUUUGCAAGCAACCACACUAGUAGAACCACUGCAUUUCAAGAAGAACGCCGUAAUGUCAUGUCAUCUCAAUCAUUCCAAGAUGAGUCAUCGCCAUCGCAUGGUAUGAGUUCAUUUGAUCUAAAUAUGAGUAGUGAAGAAACCACUUUUAAUUCCUCUCAGCGACCUAUUGGUGUGAAGAAAGCAAAGAAACAACAACAAUCUUCAGAUCAAUUUAAACAAAUGAUGGAGCAAAGUGAUAAGCUUAUCAAAGCUAUUUCUAAAGGGUGUCGUGCGUAUAUCGAAAAUGAAAGAGAGAAAAUUUUGAAAAGAAGAGCACCAACAGACCAAUAUGAAGAACACGGAGAAGGUUCUCACAGCCAAUAUCGAGCAUCUCAAAAUCAAGGAGAUCAAACUCAAGGAAACCAAUUUCAAGGAAACCACGUUGAAGGUGGAGAUGAAAGAGCACCAAAUGAUCCACAAGAUUUUACCCAAUACUAUCGUUAUCUUGGUGGAGACGGAAAUUAUUUUCCCGGAAAUUAG